AUGAGCCACUCUUCUUCUCCAAAUAACCGCAAUUCGAUAUUCGGUUGGGUCAAAAACUUGAAGAAUAAGAACCUUCUAUCCAAUGAAAGUGUCAAUGAAAUAAGUGAUAAUGAUAUAAUGUCAUCUAGUGACUAUAAAUAUAGUGAUGCUGAGAAUAUUCCCAGUUCCAAUCAAAACUCUUACAACCAGGAGUUUCUUAGGCCUCUGCUCAACCACAAGUCAAGAUCAGCCAAUAAUGUUAAUAGGGUGAGGUCCCACAGUCAAAGCGACAACAAUUCAGCCAUAAACCAUUUUGGGAACACUCCCAACCCCAAUGCUAGCAUUAGACAACAUCGAGACUCCUUUUUGUUGAGCAACCCCUUAGUCGAUAAGAACUCAAAAUACUUUGGGGUCCCGCUUGAAGAAGCUGUCAAUCAAGCAUGUGCUAAAAUAUCGAUAUUUGCUGAAAAUGAUUCAGGUGAAGUUUUGCAAUAUGGUAGAAUUCCAGUUGUGGUAGCCAAAUGUGGGGUGUUUUUGAAAACCAAUGGUUUGAGCGUGGAAGGUAUAUUCCGGGUGGGCGGUUCUUCAAAGAGAUUGAAAGAAUUGCAGGUAUUAUUCAAUACUCCCCCAGAUUUUGGUAAAAAAUUAAACUGGGACGGCUACACCGUCCAUGAUGCUGCUUCUAUAUUAAGAAGAUACUUGAACUCAUUGCCAGAGCCAUUGAUUCCUUUGGAAUUGUAUGAAAUUUUCAGAGCUCCCUUAAGAAGUCGGGCUAGGAUCAUCAACUAUAUGAAAUACAAGGCCAGUAACCCCAAGAAAUUAUUGAAAUCAAAAAUGUCACCAACCCUAGUUGAGGCAGCUGAUACCCCAGUUGAAGCUUUCAAGCUUAAUGAAUUUAACUCCAAUGUUACUUCUAAUGUGACACAAACCCCCAAAACUGUUGACACGUCUAACUCUUUACCGUCUCCCUCAUUAUCCCCUGAUAACUAUCACGAUGAAGUUAUGGGUGGGUCAAUACUGUUGGAUAAUCGAAUGGAUACCAUAGAGCUGGUUGGAAAGCAUGAAGUAUUUGGCGAUAAUGAUGAGGAAAACGACGCAGAUAACGAUGAUGAUGACAACGAUCACAACAAUGUCAACAGUGACAAUGAGAAUGUCAAUUAUGUUGAUAAUGAUGGCCUUGUGAAACGGAAUGAAGAAAUGGUAAAGAUGAAGCAAUCCAAGAAAAAUAAGCAUUAUAAAAAGUUAACUAAAGAUGUUCAUGAUGCAAUUGAUGAAUACAAAGUAAUGCUUGAUCAAUUACCAAUAUUAUCUAAGCAAUUAUUGUUUUAUAUUUUGGAUCUCUUAGCCAUGGUCCAAAAUCAUUCUAGUGAGAACUUGAUGUCUUCAAGAAACUUGGCAGCUAUCUUCCAACCCUCAAUCUUGUCACAUCCAAAUCAUGAUUUGGAUCCCACCGAAUAUGCUUUAUCGCAGUUUGUUGUUGAGUUUUUGAUCCAAUAUGCUUACAAGUUACUUCCGAAUCACGAUAACUUAUCAAGGCCGAUUCUGAAAAGUCCUGUUUCCACGACGUCAGUGAACAAAUUAGAAGGUGACAAACAUAAGUUGGCACCUAGAUUUAACAGACAGCACUCGAAGUCUUUAUCUUCUGCUAACCACGAAGACGUGGUUGGAUAUCAAAACAAGGUGAGCAACUCCAAAUUACCUGUGGUGGAUAAGGACUACGAAAUAGCUGAAGAUGAUAGUGAUCAUGAAGAGAAGGAAAAAUUUAAAGAGAGAGAGCCAAGUCUGCAGCCAGCAAUUAUUGUGUCUACUCCAUCGAGUUCAUCGGUUCCUAAAGUAUAA